AAAGGAAGGCGUCUUUCUCGCAGCCAUGUCAACGCUAGUGUGAUUUUAAUGUUGUCGCGCAUCUUUUUGGCCGAACUAUCACACGCAGUCCGGGGGAAGGCAUCAAAAAGUUCCGCCGAUGGUACUGAUACGAAGCUGCGUUGAGAUGUAUGCGGAUAGGAGGAGCGGGACGGUCCCGGAGCCGGCCAAAAUCACAUGUGUCCUUUAAAUCACAAUUUCCCAAGUCGGAGUUAGGUGACGGUACCGCACGGUGUUUCAUAUCCAGUGAUUAGUUCGACUAAACUCAAGAUUCACUCGGUUAGUUAGCUUCCCAACGCGUUUUCUUGCAGCGAGCUUCAUGAAUUUUUGACGUCAGCGGGGGCGGAGUUCACCGGGAGGUCUUUUGAGCCUCAAAAAGGUCAAGCUUUUGACCCUACGUAUGACCCCAUCCCGUCUUUUUUUUUUUUUUUUUGCUAAGCUACCGUUAGCACGCUAACGUAGCUAGCUAAAUGACAGACUUUGGUGAUGCCUGUAGGUGGGAGUACAUGGACGGAGACCCAGGACGGAUUGGACGAGACAUUUGAGAAGCCAAAUAAGAAAAAGUCCAAGAAGAAAAACCAAGAAAGCAAAGAGAGCAUUGUGCUUCAGACUCUCAAGACCCUCCGUCUGAAGAGAGACGGGGAGUCCGACGACGACACCACGCAUCACCUGGAAUACGGCGGCGGCAGUGAGAGUGAAACGGCCACAAAAGUCAACAAUGGCGUAAACCAAGACGACUCUCAGCCAGCGAAAGUCAAGCGGAAGAGUAAAAGGGAGCUUCCCGGUCGGCCUUUGCCCGACGGAGUCCCUGGUGCGGAAGCGGGUGGCUUACCCAAGGAAGUGAGACGCAGCAGUAGGAAAGGGAAAGAUGUCGCCGAGGGAGACGAUGACGGGCUGCUGCGGGAGCACCGGCAGCAGAUGGCGCCACAAGACCAAGAGACACAAGUGCCUGAGGCCCUCGGGAAGAAGAACAAGAAGAAUAAGCUCAAGUCUGCCACCACCGAGUCCGACAUCGGGGAUCACGACCAGCACAGUGACGCGGAAAGUGACUCCAAGGACAGGAAGAAAAAGAAGAAGAAAAAGUCAUCACCGGAGGAAGGGAGCAUCCGCGCGGUGCCGAAGAAGCCCAUCGUCCCCGACGAAAACGACGGUCUGGUGCUGGGGGUGUACGUGCACCGGACGGACGGCCUGAAGACGGACCUGCGCAUCUCGCACCCGAUGGUGAAGGUCCACGUGGUGGACGAGGUGACGGGACAGUACGUCAAGAAGCAAGACAGCCAUCGUCCCGUGUCGUCGUUUUAUGAGCAAGACAGGGUGGACCACAUCCUGCCCAUCAUGACGCAGCCGUUUGACUUCAAGAAGAACAAGUCGGUGGUUCCCGAGUGGAACGAGCAGAUCAUCUUCAACGAGCCCUUCUCGCACUUUGUCGGGCAGGAUCCCAAAAGCCCCCGAGUGGUCCUUUUCUUUGAAGUCUUGGACUUUCUAACCAUGGAGGAAGCCAAAGCCAACGUCGAUGUCGAGAAACAUGAACGAGGAUUCAGAAAGAUAGCCUGGGCCUUCCUCAAGCUCGUCGGUGCCAACGGCGUACUGAACACCGGAAGCAAAAUCCGCCUGCAGCUGUACUGCCCGCCCACUUGGGCCAAGCGGCAGCCUCACGCCAUCGAGGUGGUGGACUGGUGGCGCCAUUACUCGCGCGUCAAAUACGCGUCCACCCUCUACGUUACCGUGAAAGGCAUCAAGCUACCCGAGCAUGUCGACCCGAGCGUGCGUUCCAUGAUGGCGCUGCAGGAGGAGCGAGGCAGCGCCUCCUUCGGCGAGCUGCAGGACGGCGCCACCAAGGGGACCUCCACGCCACGCGGCGAAGAGAAGAGUCCUCCGGCGGUGAAGUGGAGCAGAAUUCCCGGCCAGAUGUGCCGGAUCCCCAACAAGCCCAUGCUGGCGUUCCGUGGAGGUCAAAUGGGCUGCCUGACGGUGGUCUUCUCUCACGCCGGAACGCUCCUCGCCGCCGCGUGCGCCGACAGAGAUUUGUACCCCGUCGUAGUGUUUGAGAUUCCCUCCGGGAAACCUUUGGCGGCCUUCAGCGGCCAUCUUAAAAUCGUCUACGAGCUGUGCUGGUCCGCUGACGACAGACGUCUUUUGUCCGUCUCCUCCGACGGAACCGUCAGGGAGUGGGACGUGGAGCACUUCCUCCCGACCGCGCGGAAGGUUCUGCCCCACCCGUCCUUCGUGUACUCCGCCCAGUACCACCCGGCAGCGCAGCACCUGGUGGUCAGCGGCGGCUACGACUGCGUGCUCCGAACGUGGCGGCUCGACGUCGACGACGUCAACGGCUCGCUGCUCCGCGAGUUUGAGUCCCACGGCAGUUUCAUCAACAGCAUUUGUUUCGAUGCGGAAGGGCACAGGAUGUUCUCAGCGGACAACGCGGGAAGUGUCGUCAUGUGGAACACCUCGGUUGCAGAUGGCGAGCAGGAGCCGUGGCAUCACUGGUGUGUGGAGAAGGUUCACACCGAGGCGGACCUCAAGGGGGUCCCCAUCAACAUGCUGCGGGUCCACCCGAACGGCCGCUGCCUCCUCAUUCAUGCCAAAGACAAUCUCCUCAGGACUUUGGAUCUUCGAAUUAAGACGAUGAAAAAGUACACGGGAGCCACCAACCAGCGAGAGAGGAUCCACAGCACGUUCACGCCGUGCGGCAGCUUCAUCUUCUCCGGCAGCGAGGACGGAAUGGCGUACGUUUGGAACGCGGAAACCGGCGACCAGGUGGCCGCGUACUCGGAGCUUUGUUACAGCGCGGCCCUGCGCGGCGUGUCCUUCCACCCGCUCGAGAACAUGGUGGCCUUCUGCGCCUUCGGGGAGAGCCAACCCGUGCACGUUUACAUCCACGACCGCAAAGUGUCGCAAUUGGACGCGCGCGGCACGAAGGAGCUUCGGUCUGCGUCGCACACGCCCGACCAGCUUCAGAGCACGCCGGUCUCUGCCUCCAUGGACCAGUUGGGCCAGACCACCAGGCUGGCGUUGAGGAUGCAGAGAGUUAAAGAGCAAAUGGAUUCGGUCCUUGAACCGCAUCGCAGGCCUUCAUCUUUUGAGCCAGGGAGGAGCCUGUUUUCUGACAUCAGCACGAUAAGAUCCAACGCCUCCCUGCCUCCUCCCUUGGGCGGCUUCAGUCCAGUCGGGCUCCAUCGAAAGGGCGUGUCGUCCUUCAGGCUGCACUCAUCACUCCCGAGUUACGAUCCUGAGGCCGACUCGUCUCAACACGUGGUCGCGUCGCAGUACGACUACAAAGCCAACCGCUCGGACGAGCUGACGCUGCGGCGCGGCGACGCCAUCCGCGUGCUCUACAAGGACAACGACAACUGGUGGUUCGGAAGCCUGGCGGACGGGCAACAAGGCUACUUUCUCGCCGCCUACGUCGCAGAUCAGAGAGAAUCUGGCGAGGACGCAACGGCGGCAGAAGCGGCCGCGGAGAGGGCGACGCCGACGAGGAUUUCUACUGCAAUCACUCGUUCCGGGGACCUUCACUUCCUGUCCGAGGCCACCGUUUCCGACACGGAGCCAGAAUUGACGGAGGCCAGACUUAAAAAGAAACCGAAAGUGAGAAAGAACGUGAAAAGGCUCCCCCCACCGCCGCCGCCCGGGGCGUCCCAGGCCGCGUUCUCCGACCCGGAUGUCGGAACGGAGCCGGCCCGGCCCGCCGCCCGCCCCCUCCCGAAGAGACCGAGCGGGAGGCCGGGUGUUGCUGUGCGACCCCCUCCGUGACGGGGUCACGUCUGCUCAAGUUUUUGGAACGUUGACAAUCACUUUGAUCGAACUAUUUUUUUAUGAGGAUGAAGCUAUUUAUUAUCGAGACUGAAUUUUUAUGCAGUACAACCUCCCAAGGGGAAGAAAAUGCGUUUUCGUUUCAAAACGGUCCCCCGACAGGAAAUCAUCUAAAGCAGCUUGCUUUGAAUUUUUAACGUCAAUUUGUCUGCCGCAAGCUAUUAAGGUUAACGUCUGCUUGGUAAAUUGAGUCAUGUGCGCAUCCAUCCAUCUUCUUAGCCGCUCAUCCUCACCAGGGUCGCGGGGGAGCGCCGGAGCCUAUCCCAGCUGUCAACGGGCAGUGGGCGGGGUACACCCUCAACUGGUCGCCGACCAAUCGCAGGGCACAUGGAGACAGGCAACAGUCACACCUUGGGGCAAUUUAGAUUCUCCGAUUAACGCAAUUUUCGGAGAUGUGUGUGUGGGGCUGGGAUUUGAACCCCUGUACUCAGAACUGUGAGGCUAACACUGUAACCGGUCGCCCGCCGUCUUGACAAUUUAACGCCCUCAAUUGAAAGCCCUUUGGAGGUCGCACUGUACAUAUUACUUCUACAUUUCAGGGCCAAAUAAAUCUGAGAAAUGUAAGUGAUUUUUCAUGCAGUAUUGAAACUUUUUACCGUCAUUUGUUGCCUUAUCAUCCUUUACAAUGGCUCCAAAAUUCCACAAGCAGUGCACAGAACGUAGAAUGAAGCCGGCUUGAGCGUUUGACAUUUACAUAUGUACAAGAUUUAUUGCCCCCCCCCC